UAUUUACCGGCUACGGACAAAGGGUUCCAAUAGUCCACUUCGCGGUGGAGCGAAGCGCGCGCGCACUUGAAUGCGCGACGUAACGUAGCGCGCACGCGCGGAACUUGAGUCGAAGGAACGUUUAGUUCGCGAUCGAAAUGAUGCUCGCCGGCGCGCAGAUUGUUGACGAAAGUAGUGUGGCGUAUACAUCCGGGAAGUCUGCGGAUACCGGGACUACCGGGACUAGUGCCGCGAUGCCUCCCGUCCAGGGUUCGUCCAAGGAAGCUCAGCCGAUUGGUUGGAACCCUUCGUCUGCACAGGGCCUUCACAUGGUCCCCAAAGUUGAUCCAGUGGACAUACAUUUCAGCAAUAUCACGUGCACUGUCAAACUGGGAAUAACUAAAGGUAGCAAACAAAUCCUCCAUGGAGUCAACGGCAGACUUCGUCCACGUCAGCUGAUCGCCAUCAUGGGGCCUUCAGGAGCUGGCAAGUCCACACUCCUUGAUGUACUGUCUGGGUACCGCAUCACCGGCGUCGGGGGAGCAGUCUUCAUCAAUGGGAGAGGGAGGAUUAUGAAGAGGUUCAAGAGGAUGUCGUGUUACAUCCAGCAAGACGACCGGCUCCAGGGUCUACUGACUGUCGGUGAGAACAUGGCGCUGGCAGCCGAUCUGAAGCUACCCACCAAAUUAGACAAAUACGAGAAGGGAGAAGUUAUUGAAGAUAUCCUCACAAACUUGGGUCUGUACGAGCAUAUGAACACAAGAGGUGCCCAGCUGUCCGGAGGUCAGAGGAAGAGGCUAUCCAUCGCCCUGGAGCUCAUCAACAACCCUCUCAUCAUGUUCCUCGAUGAACCUACAACAGGUCUGGACAGUUCAUCAUGUACACAAGUAGUCCAGCUGUGCCAAAGCCUGGCACACCAGGGUCGAACCAUCGUUUGUACCGUGCACCAGCCUUCAGCCUCACUCUUCGCGCUGUUUGACCAGGUGUAUGUCCUGGCUGCAGGCCGAUGCAUGUACCAAGGCACCACGAAGAACCUGGUGCCUUAUUUGCAGCAAGCUGGGAUUCCUUGCCCUAUAUACCAUAACCCUGCUGAUUAUAUAAUCGAGCUCUCAUGUGGUGAAUAUGGCCAGGACAAAAUAGACCUUAUGGCAAAUAAAUCAGAAAAUGGCAAAGCACUGGAUUGGUUUGACGACCACCAGUCGAUCCCAUCUAUGGAAGGACUCCGUAAACUGGUGCCACUGAGUGUGCUGAGAGACACGGAACCGACAGGAGGAGAUGAAGAGACUAGCCAGUCCAACCAGCUCAGUGUACUUAUGAGGAGAGGAUUCUUGAAGGCUAAAAGAGAUGCUACGAUGACUCACCUGCGUUUGAUAGUGAACGUGGUGGUAGGCAUCAUGUUGGGAAGUCUGUUCAUCAAUGCUGGCAACGAAGGUUCAAGGGUGCUGGAGAACUAUAACCUGCUGUUCGCUAUCCUCAUGCACCACAUGAUGUCUCCAAUGAUGUUGACGAUUCUCACCUUCCCUAAUGAGAUGUCGAUAUUGUCCAAAGAACACUUCAACAGAUGGUACUCCUUGGGAUCGUAUUACAUAUCGAUUACAAUCGUCGAUCUACCUGUAUCGAUAGUAGGCUGCGCAGUGUUCAGCGUGAUAGUAUACACGAUGUCGUCUCAGCCGCUGGACAUCGUGCGGUUCUCAAUGUUCUUCGCGAUCUCUCUGUACACCGUGUUGGUGGCGCAGAGCUUCGGGCUCAUGAUCGGAGCCGUCUUCAGCGUUGUUAACGGCACAUUCUUGGGCCCAACACUAUCAGUACCAAUGAUGAUGUUCGCUGGUUUCGGAGUCACACUUCGGGACCUACCCUCCUACCUACGUUGGGGAUCCUACAUCUCCUACCUGAGAUAUGGACUCGAAGGUUUCAUUGGCGCCAUCUAUGGCCUGAACAGGCCUAUCCUCGACUGUAAUGAGGCUUUAUAUUGUCAUUACAAACAUCCCCGUACAUUCCUAAACGAGGUGGCGAUGUCUCCUGAUCAGUUCUGGUGGGAUGUACUGGCACUAUCCGUGUUCGUGGUGACCCUCAGGAUCGCAGCGUUCAUCCUGUUGAAGUGGAAACUGGAUGCCGUACGAUAAAUAUGAAAAAGUUUGAUUGUAGGAAAAGUGAAUUCGGUUCACUCGUAAGUCAUGAAAUGCUGAUUUAUAUAAUAGGGUAGUUUUCUUAAACUUUAAACUUAUGUAAUUUUGUAUAGCGUACGAUAACAACAGGUAUUCCCUACAUCGCAUUGCAAUGAGUUAAGUUCUGGCACUGAUUUUUUCGGUUUUGAAUGAUGAGUCAGAGUUAUGCAGUCAACUACCCUAUUAUAAAAACUAAAUUAAAUUAUAAUAGAAAGUGAUUGAACACGACUUAAUUGAAUGAAAUGAUUGAAUUUAUUUGUGAUAACAUAUCGUAGAAUUUUAAUUUACUACCCAUUUAUGUUCAACGUUCAAAUCGAGACAUUUUGCUCAGAUAUACUUUUUAAAUAAAAGACAAGCAUUUAAGACAUUUCGUGGUCAUAAUAAUAAAUUAAUAAUUGCACAUCAACUUAUUGUCACUCAAAAAACGAAGCUUCUGGACAAAUUGUUGCAAGUCACAACUGUGCUACGACUACUACGAAAGUCUACGAAAAGUAAGAAUUCGUAGCACUCGUAGCAAAAGCAUUUGUGUCCUGGUUUCGUGUUUGUAACCCUUUUGUAAUAUUAUUUGUUAUCGAUGGUGGCAAUGAGAUAUAUAUUUCAAAAUCCAUUUUAGGUAGAAAGAUUUGCAAUGAAUUGAAGAAGACUUACAAUGUACAAAAUAAAAAAAAACCUGAAAUAUUUUUGCGCUGAGCUUUAAAAGUCUCAAUUCAUUUUAAACACAUUUCGUAUUUUCGAGUACUAGUACUAAGCACUAAGUCUUAUAAGAUGGGUCCAAAGGUAAAAACUGUGAUAAGUUUCCAAAAUAUUUCUUAUAUCAAACAAAACUUCAUUCAGAUAUUUUAAACCUUAUAACUACGAACAAAGAGUUGCAAGUAAGUUUUUAUCUUCUCAACUUAUAUUACUUGUAAAAAUUAAGGCUGUGAAGGCUAUUUUUCCUAGAAAACUAUAUGAUUUUGAGGUGAAAAAACAUUACUAUAAUGUUUUUGUUUUAAUGUCACAUAUUGGAGCGUAAUAUUGAAAACUUAAUAACAUUUUAAUUACAAAGCAUUCGAGUAUAUUAAAUAAAAAGGAAAAUAUCUUAGUUAGGAGAGUAUGGAACAGCAAGAGUUUAAAUUUAUUUCGGAGACUGGACUAGUAGUGGAGAGGUGGAAAAGUUGAGCUACUGUGGACAUCCACAUUUUGUGAUUGAUUUUCUAAUACAUAACAAUCAAUUAACCUACAAAUAGAAGAGGUUAUGUUAUUUAACUACUGCCUACGACUGCUUGUAAUUAAAAUGUCAAUCAACCAGCCUUCGUAAUUAAGUAUAGGGUUACUUUUAGAUAAAUUAUCAUUUAUCAUGACCGUACCUACCAGUUUGUAGGAGCUGUACACAAAUAUUUGUGUUAGGCAGGGCGCAAACGUGGACACUUUGAGUCUAGUGUCAGACACAAGCUACCGAUAAUGAUGGACAGCUGUAUGUCAUACAGAAGGGUAGAUAAAUGUAGUAUGGUGCAAGGUUAAAUUUAAAAAAUACAUUUCUAUAGAACCAUUAUGAGAUAAUCCACUCCCUGUUUUAUAGGUGUGCCCACUUCCACUUAAACUUACACAAUAUCAAUUAAAAAGUGUUCGAUAUUGAUAACUGGAAACAAAAAGUGUCUUCGUUUGCGCAGUGCCUUAGUAUACUUGCCUAUGUUAGUUGCUCAAUUAGGUAUUUAUUCGUAACUAGGUGUAGAUCUAUAUACCUAUAGGCUGUACUGAAUUUGUAUGUAGCUAGAACUAAGUAUAUAAUGGUGAUAAUUAUUGUAAAUAUGCUUUUUCGUAACAUUAAACUUUUUAUUUUGGUAAA